GGAAAUAAUCAAGGGUGAUGUAGCAUGGGUUAGUGCACUGGCGGCAUCAUGUGACGAAGUUUACAGCUUCGGAGCGGAGUGCACGGUUGUCAGUGAAUUUUGAGCCGGAAUCAUUAAUACUGCAAACUAGUUUAAAAGUCAAAUUGUGCAGAUCCAGUCGUUGAGAUGAAUUCGAGCUACAAUCAACACCAAAAUCCACUGAAUUCAUCUUCAUUUUUCUUACCGAAUCAAACAACUUCAAGAACAACGUUAGACGACUGGUUCCUCGAAAUUCAAGAAAUCAAAAGAGCUGUUGAGAUUGCCUGCGUUUCGCUGCUUGCCGUCGUAUCUCUGUUUGGCAAUACUAGCCUUCUCGCCAUCUUUAUCAAAUACAAGGAGAUGAGAACAAGUACUAACUUGUUUAUCAUUAACAUGGUCAUCUCAGAUCUCCUCUAUGUUAUCUUCGUUAUCCCAAAUGUCCUUCACCAACCGAUUUCUCUAUCAGAAGAAUGGAUGUUUGGAGGCGCGUUUGGAGUGAUCACCUGUAAGCUGGGAUACUUCAUUCGGGACAUGUCGUUUACUGUAUCCAUCACGAGUAUGGUCACAAUAGCCUUGGAUCGCUUCUAUGCUGUAGUCUAUCCCAUAAGACGCCAACCAAGAUACCUCAACCCGAGAUUCAGUAUACCCUUCAUAUGGCUUAUAUCAUCUGGCUCUUUUGCUAUUUAUUUUUAUACGGCUCGACUAGUAUCCCACCCUGUCCUAGAAAAUACAUAUUAUUGCCUCUCUAUUUGGACUCCCGCUUUUGAUCAAAUCAAAUCUCCCUCGCGCCUGUAUUUGUUCCUGGUAGUAGCUUUCUUCAUGGUACCGCUUGUCGUCAUUACUGUCUCCUACAGUAUCAUAAUCUACAAGCUAAGGAAUCACAGUAUCCCGGGAGUCAGGACUUCAGAGUCUGAGAAGCUUCAACGCAAGCGAAACCGGAGUAUAACCAAAGUUGGAGUUUUGAUCGUCUUGUGUUUCUUCUUUUCUUGGGCCCCGUACCAUUGUCUGAACCUUAUUUUGGAAUACCACUGGAACUUUGCCCCACCUCUUCAUCUACUCGAAUCAAUCGACUGGCUGCAUUUCGCUUUUACAAAUAUUUCCAUGACUAGUAUUGCCACGAACGCAUUCGUAUGUUAUGCGUGUAGCAGUCGAUUUAGAAACUGUCUUAAGAAAUUGGUUAGCUGUUGCCCUUCACCAUCUUCAGUGAGAGAAGAGCGACAGACGGUUACUCGGUCAUCCCAUCUCCAAGGCACUGACGAGAGCAAAACCAUAGGAGUGAUAAACAAGGGAAUGUCUACUGAACAAGCUAUAGAGUUGGAAAAUGAGUGGGACACAAAGUUGUGAGCUUAAAAAUGAGACUUCGUAUUUGUACGUAUCUAUCCCCAAUGAGGUCGUGGAUACGAUCAAUUACCGCUAUCACACGAUUAAGCUAGAGUAAAUAUGGUACACUAUUAAGCUAGAGUAAAUAUGGUACACUAUUAAGCUAGAGUAAACAUGGUACACUAGGCCGCAAUGUUACUUGCAGCAUGUUACUUGCGGCAAUGUUUCAAAAAAGUGGAAUCAAGUCCUACUUUUCAUGAGGAUCGGGCAACAAUUUCAAAACGUUGCCCAGUGGAACAUACGUACUCAACUGGUGCAAUUGCGAUGCACUGUGCCUUUUUUUAUCAUGUAACAAGAUUGUGUACCACCACACACUUGUUAGCUAUCUCCUAUACUAUCUGAUUAUUCUUCAUCACUCUGGAAAACUAAGCAAUCACUUUUUUGUCUGUUGUAACUGAUCGAUGCCGUUUAAUCGCUAGCGUUAAUUGUUUGAUACAUUUUAUUGCCUUCCUCAAAAAUAAGCGACUAUUUACGAUACAAAAAACAUUUACAGUAUAAGUGUCUUUUAGAGUAGAUGUACUCAGGUUGUAACACCUUUUGUAUUUGUAUAUAGUCAAAGGUGUCUAUAAAUAUAUACGUUAUGAACUGCAGCUUGAAAUCACAAGAAAUGGGUUACCGCCAUUUGCAUUGCUACGCGGUCACCCCAGACAAAAAUCGCGACGUGCACUUUGCAAUAGACUGCCGUCAAUCAAACAGGUUGACGUCAUUUACACGCGUUUGGAUAGGCCCGGUGAGUGUGGCUCAUAAUACUUGUAAACAAUCGACAAGUUUUGGCGCCUUUUGAAUCACACACGUGUGUAAAUGACGUCAAAGUGUUUGAUUGACUGCAGGCUAUUGCAAAGUGCACGUCGCGAUUUUUGUCUGGGGUGCAAAUGCAAACGGCGGUAAAUGAGGUGUGGGUAUUAAGAGUGAUCACUGAGAGUUUUUAUACAUUCUUCUUAUAUUCUUUAAUGAUGAAAAAGAGAUGGGUGGCUAGUUGUCUGGGUCUGGGAACGUUUUCUAAUCUGUAAAUACCAUUAAAGACACCUUGAAUCAGGGUUAGUCUCAUUUUCUCAUUUCAAAUACCAAUUGCAAAGUAAAAUUUCAAAGCAAAAUUUCAACAAAACAGACACUUUGAAAUUCCAUAUAACAUAGUCUCCCACACAGCCGUUUUCAGUGUCAUCAUGCAAUGCUUUCUCCCUGGAGAAAGCGUUGCUGUGUGGGAGACUAAUAUGACAUUGAACACUGUAUCAUGAGUAUUUUACACAAAAUCAAGGCUAACUAUGAGCAACAGAGAAUGUUGAGAGACUGGAGUAUUUCAAGCAAAAGAAACUAUAAGCAUUUAUAUGUAAGAAAGCAUGUUUAAAUAAAAUUAGAUA